UCAACUCACCAUAUUCUGAUUGGCCUCACGUGAUGGGACCUUAGGUUGCUCGAUCUCUAUUGUGAUGUGCAUGAAUUCCUUUGCAAUGAGUGCGAUGGCGUGUAGCCCUUGCUUGGCCUUGGGUGGGCCUGGGCCGUCUGCCGGUGGCGACUUGCCCAGGAUGGGGCGCCGUAGACCAAAAGUACGCAGCGACAGAAAGCGCAGCAACUGAAUCACACAUCGAUCUGAAGCAUGGACAGACACCACACACCGCACACAUGGAUGGAUGGAUGGAUUGACGUGUGUGUAUGGUGGACAGUACGUGGCAUCGUGUCGUUGGGGUAUGUGGAUGCGAUCAGGUCACUUGUGAAGACGAGGACGAACCCAACAAACAUAGCAGCAACCGCUCUGACAACACACAGGUGCCGCAUCUUUAUCCAUGUAGCCGUCACAGAUCCGAUCUGACUUGUCGAGUGAUUCGAAGAGCUCGCCGUGUGUAUCUCCCAUGAACGCAAAGUAGCGCAACUCGCCGCCGACUGUGGCUGAACAUAACCAACAACACCCACCGCACUCAUACACUGUGUAUGGACGACGCAUCUCUCCCUCACCUUUCCCCACUUGAAGGCCGAGGCCGUACAAAUACCCAAGCUCCGUGAUCUUCUCUGACUGAACGCGUGUGAAGGUGACGGCCUCACCCUCACGCACCUCCAACUCUCCCAUAUCGCGGACGGCUGGUUCAGGAUCGCCGUCGGCAUUGACCGUGCGCAGCGCCGCCCCUUCCCACCCUCGGGUCUGGUUGUCACGCAUGUGCUUGUUAAGAGCAUCGAUGCCCUUCUCCACCUCCAUGUCGCCAAAGUCGCUGUCGCCCCACCCGCGCUUGCUCUUGUCCAAGCACCGACACAUGAACGCCAGGACCUGCACAGCGACACAAGGGCCGACACGUCCUGUGAUGCACUCAUGCCAUGGUGUGUCUUGUGUCCGCCGGUGCUGACCCCUUUGGCGUCGUAGAGUUUGAGUUCUCCCACCGCCUCCGCCACACAUGGGGAGAUGACGUCUGUACUCAGCAGCCUCGUCAUGAGCAGAAAGUGACGCAACAGUGCAUCUGCCAGACACACACACACACACACACAGACGGACAGACAGACAGACAGACAGACAGGCAACAUCCAUAACCACACAGACAAGACACACCCUGCUCUAUGUCCGUCCGUCUGUCUGUCUGUCUGUGUGUGUAUAGUUCGGCAGUCUGUCCAUGUCGUCCUGCAUACUUGUGCAUUUGAAGUGACUGCGUGCGCUGCGAUACAGUGAUGGGAUGCGCUCUACUGUGCCCUCCGCGUCGCCACGUAUGGCCUCAAUGACAAAUGCUGAAAGAGCAGGGAGAGGAAUACAGGUAGAUCAGACACACACGUAUCCCCCUGCCCAUCGACUCUCUCACCCUUCUCGGGGUCUCUCAGCGUGUCCUCGAUCGCUUUCGCCUUCUCCUCAAGGCGCGUGAGGCAGUCGUCGCCACCGAGCAGGUUGGCGUCAUUCGGUGGUGGGGGAGCGGCGAGGGGGGGCGGUGCAGCAGCAAAUGUGGAUGCGGACGCGAAUGCGGAUGCGGAUGCAGACGCUGAUGCUGAUGCGCUCGCCGACGCUCCAUGCACACACCCGCCUCCCUGCUGCUGCUGCUGCUGCGCUUCCACUGUGUCUGCGUGUGCACGCAGAGCGGCGGGGUUCUGAAGAAUGCUCACCACACCUCCGCCGCCCAACAAACUCAUGAUACCACCUUCCACCCUGCAUGCAGGAGCCAGACACACGAUAAGGGAACCAGACACGUGAUGGCUGUUUCUUUGUCGGCGCUGUGACCUGGGAUUAGUGGUGAGUGCGGUUGUGGCUUUCUUGGAGGGGAGACGGUGGAGGUGCGACGCCUCGCUCAGCCCAUGCCUCUUGAGGUACUGCUGAUACUCCUCGAAGUCAUCAUCGCGGCAGAACUUGUAAACUUGCACCAAACAGAGGCUCGAUUCCAACUGGCUCUUGAUAAAUGUGUUUUGGUGUGAUUUCAUGGGUACCUCGACGUAAAAUUGGUGCCACAGGUUGAUGUUCGUCUGAAUAAGUCCGGCCAGCCAUGUGGUGAGCGCUGUGAGACACCUCUUGGGCGAGGCGGUGUGGCCCUUGGCGAUGGCCUCCUUGUACGGCGACCGCUCAGACACCGGCGACCAGUGCACGUCAGUCAUAACCUGGAGCACCACACAUCACCAGACGCCACACACAUUGUCAUGUGCUAUGCUGUGCUGUCUUGUGUUGUGUUGUGUUGUGUUGUGUACACGUGUGUUGUGUUGAGUGUUGUGCAUCUGCCUUUUCAGUACCUCAACAUACGCCUUGAUCCAGUCGCUGUUGGUGAAAAGCGACCUCAGCACGCGGCCGCGGCACACGGCCAUCCACGACACGAACCUCGACGCCGAUCCCGCCCCCUCCUCUCCCUCCUCCCCCUUGGGCCCGCCUCGCAGGAAGAGCACAUACACGCGGCGCAUCCCCACCACCAAGUCCUGCUCCCACUGCUGGACGUCGGCCGCGAAAAGCUGCCGCAGAUGCUUGAGGGAAAUGGGCGCCCGCUUCGCCUUGACCACCCUUCCUUUGCCGCCCUUACCCUUGCCCUUGCCCUUGCCCCCUUUGCCGUCCUUUCCCUUGCCGGUGCCCUGGCCGCCUUUGCCGCCCUUAUCCUUACCCUUGCCCUUGCCCUUGCCCUUGCCGGCGGCACCCUCGUCCUCGCCGCCGGUGGCGCCGGAGGCGCCCUUGCCGAUGCAGCUCUUUGCCUUGGCCUUGGCCUUGCCGAUGCCGCUCUUGACCUUGGCCUUGCCGGUGCCGCUCUUUGCCGCAGCCUUGCCGGCGGCGGGCUCUGCCUGGCUCUGGGCCUGCCCCUUCCCCUCGCCCACCCGUGCGGCCUUUCUGCCGGCGAACGCUGCAUCCAUCUCGCUUUCCGUCAUCUCCUGCUCGUCCUUCUUCCGCUUGGAUGGUGUGGGACGGAGACCGGGGGGGCGGGAACGGCUGCUCUGCGACGCGGCCACGAUUUCUGCUGCUGCGGCGGGUGGCGGCAUAUCGUCAUCCUCCUUCUUGUGAUGUGUCACUCCCUCCUGCUGCUCCUCCUCCUCCUCCUCCUCAUCUGUCACACAUUCAGACGCCGGUGGUGCGUGCAUCACUUCAUUGUCUAAGGGCACUUACCGUCAUCAUCGUCUUCAUCAUCCUCCUCGUCCUCGUCGUCGCCCUCCUCUUCCUCCUCCUCUCCCUCGCCCGCACCAAACAGAUCAUCGUCUUCCGGAACAGGGCUGCGACACUGUCUUCAGCACAAUUUUUGACGAACAGUGUCUACUUGGCCAUCCAUCCAUUGGUAGCCGUAGGACUGUAGUGAUCAGCCGGCCCCACACCCCCAGAGGGGUGUGGCGGCCGGUUGCAUAUCUCCUGUACCUCAU